AUGGAAGAUAACAAAAAUCCUAAAAGGCCGAAGAUGGAGUGUCCUUACGGUGAUAAAUGUUACCGGUUAAAUCCUAUACAUUUUAAGGAAUACAGUCAUGCUCACUUGGAGUCUAUUCUGGACUCAUACACAGGCAGUGGAGAUUUACCAAUCCCGUCUAAACUCAAUGAACAAAAGCAGAUGUACGUAGAUCAAUUGAAGAUGAUUUUGCACAGACAGUUAUAUAGUCCAGGAAAGAAUUUUGAAAAGGAACCAAGUGCUAGUACAUCACAAUCAAGCGCAAAAGAUACGUCAUUGGAAUCACAGAGCAACCUAACAUCAAAUACUACUGAUGCAGAACCAAGCAGAAGUAGAGGGAAGUCUCCUUGUCAGGAUGUGAAAAAGACAGAGAAGAGAGAGAAAUUAGCUACUGCAGGUCAGAAGAUUGCUGUGGGCUGUUCCCAGGACAGUGACUAUAGGCCAGUGGUGCCACCUACCCGCCGUGCGGAGGAGUUCCUAACAGUGGUACGACCUCGCGGCCAAAUGGCGGCAAAACAUGCCGCUGCUGCCCCAUUCCACAUAUUUUAUACGACUAUUAAAGACAGCAAAGAAACUCAUUCACAACCUUACUCUAUAACUUUUCAAGAAAUUUUGGAUCACAGUUUAGGAGAGCUCAAAUGCUCUCUGCAGAUCAAUUUUAUGGUUGAAAUCGGAUGGUUGCUCGCACAAUACUAUUUUGCUGGCUACAGUCAAAAGAAAUUAACAAUUUUGUACGGCGAGGAGUGUAAGGACCUUGAGAAUAUAAGCUCAAAGAAACCGCACGUGGAUGCCCACUAUAUCACGAUGCCCACGCCUUUUGGGAAACACCACACUAAAAUGAUGAUCUUAUGCUACGAAGACGGUUCCCUUCGGGUUGUGAUAUCUACAGCCAAUUUGUAUUAUGAUGAUUGGGAGAACAGAACGCAAGGUCUAUGGUUCAGUCCGGUUUGUCCCGAGCUACCGGCAGACUCGAUGCCUCACGACGGGGAAUCCCCCACAAUGUUCAAGAGGAGUUUACUCCGCUAUUUAAAUCACUACCAUCUUCCGUGCCUUGCGUAUUAUGUCGAGAGAGUCAAAAGAUGCGACUUCAGUAAUAUCAAUGUUUUUCUUGUAGCUUCAGUACCGGGGUCUCACAUGGACACCGACUGGGGUAUGCUCAAAGUGGGUAGCCUGCUUAAACAACAUUGUGAAUAUAGUGGAAAGGCACCUUUGAUUGCUCAGGCCAGCAGCAUUGGUAGCUAUGGGAAAGAGCCGAAGUUAUGGCUGACUGGUGAUUUUCUACACAACUUCACGAAAACCAAGAACAUACCGCCUGGAUUGUCAGCGCCGCCCGAACUGAAGAUCAUCUACCCAUCCUUACAGAACGUUCGCCAGUCCCACGACGACUUGCUGGGUGGUGGUUGCUUACCGUACGCGGGCGACGCGCACGCAAAACAGCAGUGGCUCAACAACUUCCUGUACCAAUGGCAGGCCAAACACACAGCCCGCAACCGCGCCAUGCCCCACAUAAAGUCUUACCUCCGCGUCCACAACGAGAAGGCAGCGUACUACAUACUGACGUCAGCGAAUAUAAGUAAAGCGGCGUGGGGGCAGGUCAAUAAAGGGAAUGGUGCCCUCCGACUUAUGAGUUAUGAAGCUGGAGUGAUGUUUUUGCCUAGAUUUGUUAUUAAUGAAGAAUUCUUUCCAUUGGCACCAGGUGCGAAGAAUCGUCUGAUAGUACCUUAUGACCUGCCUCCAGUGAGGUAUACUCCUGAUAUGAAGGCCUGGGUGUCUGAUUACCUUAGGUAG